CAAGGAAAAGAAGAAGUAUAAACAAGCACGCAAGUAUUGAUGAACAUUCAACAGCAGAAUUUCUGAAAUUUCAUCAAGGAGAAAGAAAGAAAGAAAUUUACAAAAUUUUAUUGAAGUCGAAGAAUUAGUUAUUUAAUUUCUGAACCUCGAACAAAAUUAACCACCUUAAUCAUAAAGAUUAGCUAAAAGCCGUUUAUAAUCUUGUCUUUAGUUCUUCACUUGCCAUACAGGAAUAUACAAAAGAAGAGUUUUCAAUAAAUGGGCCAAGAUGGCGAGGACCCAGAAACGCUUGGGUUAAAAUCAUCUUCGCCGAACAAAUGGUUGGCCAACUUUCACCGUGAUCUGUUGGCGGGGGCGGUGAUGGGUGGUGUAGUGCACACGAUUGUGGCCCCGAUCGAGAGAACGAAACUGUUGUUGCAGACCCAAGACAGCAACCUGGCCAUUAUUGGGAGUGGACGGAGAAAAUUUAAGGGUAUGCUUGAUUGUCUUGUCCACACAGUCCGAGAAGAAGGCGUUUUGUCGCUUUGGAGAGGCAAUGGCAGUAGUGUGCUUCGUUAUUACCCUUCUGUUGCGCUUAAUUUCUCUCUUAAGGAUCUUUACAGAAACAUUAUAAGGAAUGGCAACUCUCAUGAUGGUAAUUUUGUGCCUGGUCCACCUGCCAACUUCAUUGCUGGGGCUGCAGCUGGUUGCACAACAUUGAUCUUAAUCUACCCACUUGAUAUUGCACACACCCGCCUUGCUGCUGACAUUGGCAGAACUGAGGCUCGACAAUUCCAAGGCUUAUACCAUUUCCUGACAACCAUAAUCAAGAAAGAUGGUAUUCCAGGGCUUUAUAGAGGGCUACCUGCCUCUUUACAAGGGAUGGUAGUUCACCGGGGCCUAUACUUUGGGGGUUUUGAUACAAUGAAGGAGAUUUUGUCCAAAGAAUCUAAACCUGAAUUGGCAUUAUGGAAGCGUUGGGUAGUGGCCCAGGCAGUCACAACAUCUUCUGGGUUGUUGUCAUAUCCGUUGGAUACAGUUCGCAGGCGGAUGAUGAUGCAGUCAGGUUUGAAACAACCAAUGUACCGUAGCACACUGGACUGCUGGAGGACAAUUUAUAGGAAAGAGGGAGUGACUUCAUUCUAUCGUGGGGCAGUUUCUAACAUGUUUCGGAGUACUGGUGCUGCUGCUAUUUUGGUCUUGUAUGAUGAGAUCAAGAAGUUCAUGAAUUGGGGCGGAUUGUAACAGGAGCUAAUUCUUGUCAUUUUUUUCUCCAUAUAAUCAGCAGAAGAAUUAGAUAGAAGGAGGUUUCAAAAAUUAGAGGAGAAAAACAUUGUAAAGCGCAAAUGAGUUUGAAUUUGAUACAGUUAAACAACACACUAGAUGACAUUCAUUUGCCACGUUAAUUUUAGAGGCUCUGGCAAUUGACACCACAAUUAUUUUGUUAACAACAAAUAAAAUGAGUGGAAUAUUGGUGUAAUUUUGCUUAAGUUGAUCCUGAGGGAGGCUGGAGAACACUCCAUAUGUUAUAAAAUUUUAUGUUCUUA